AGUUUUAUUAUUUAGACAAGUUAAAAUUUUAAAAGAAAGACAAACUUAAAUUAAAUAAUUAGGCCAUGGAGAGGCGCUGGUUCCAAACCGACAAUUGUGAGUUGUACCCACAACGCAGAGCCACGGAAUAUUAUCGAACACCGCAACAACGGGCGUCCCGGCAAAGUCGCCAGGCUGAGCACCCGCGGGACUUUCUCAACGUGGUGCCGCCAAGGACCCAGGAAAGGGCACCACCUCAGCCCCGCAUCCAGCCGGCCAACAACCCGGACAUGGGCGCUGUGCGGAAUAGCUAUUUCUCGUGAAUUGUCAUCGAGUUUGGAUCAAAAGUCAAAGUUUGGAUCAAAAGUUUGGAAACCCCAAAAACUUAAAUGUGUGCAACAAAAAAAAAAAAGGUAGAAGAUCAGCAGAUAUAGUAAUACCAACCAGAGCUCAGAGACCGAAGAAAUUAUCAACCCACUUGACAAGUUUUCCUGACCUGUAUACGUGAGCCAAGGUGGCCAGAAGUAUGUAGUUUUCGGAUCAGUAUUCCCAAAAUUGGUAUUCUCCAGAACCCAGAGAUGUUUUCACGAUCCAGAUGAUGAUGUAUUCAGGAAAACGCUCCCAGAGAAUGUAGUGUUUUGGAAGAAAUAUCAACCAGUUGUAAUCUGAUCUGUUUUCGGAAAUAUUCGUCCUUGUCUGAUGUCGUGAAAUCGUGGAACUUUCUAGGAAUGGAUUUGGAUCAAAGGAUCAAAAAUAUUGUCUCAAAAUUUUGUCUUUCUUUGCAUUGGACGUACACAAGCACACAAAACAAAUUUACAAUAAAAAUUUACAAGUGAAAUGUCAA